AGUCACUCCAGUGCUCUUAAGGGCACUGACCUAUCCAGAGAAGUGUUUUCUUCACUUUGCUCCUUACUUUAGUACAACAUAAACUGGUCUUUAGCCCCAAAACUGGUCUUUAACAAGGAAAUACGACAACGUCAGAAUUUGCACUGAACUGCUUUUCCUGGGCUGGUUUCCCAUUUCCCAAUCUUGGGCAGGAUGAAGUUGUUGGCAUGUACGUGGGCUUUGUGGGUACUGGCCCUCUGUUCGGUCCAGGCAGCCAAAGAUAUCUGCAAUGCAAAGCCCAAAGAUCUACCUUUGGAGCCAAUGUGCAUCUACCGCAGCCCGGAUUCUGAAACACAUCCAACUGAAAAACCAGAGAAGAUCCCAGCUGGCACCAACCCUCGAGUGUGGGAAUUGUCCAAAGCCAACAGCCGCUUCGCCCUCUCGUUUUUCAAGCAGCUUGCCGAGGGAAAGUCCAACGAUGAAAACAUCUUUCUGUCGCCAAUUAGUAUCUCAACAGCUUUCGCCAUGACGAAGCUAGGGGCUUGUAACACCACACUGGAGCAGCUCAUGAAAGUGUUUCAGUUCGAUACGAUAAAGGAGAAGACCUCAGACCAGGUCCAUUUCUUCUUCGCCAAGCUGAACUGUCGACUAUACCGCAAAAAGCAUGAGACAACAGAACUGAUCUCCGCAAACCGUUUGUUUGGAGACAAAUCUAUGCUUUUUAAUGAGUCCUACCAGCACACCAGUGAGAUGGUCUACGGAGCCAAGUUGCUGCCUCUCGAUUUUAAGGGGAAACCGGAAGUUUCAAGGAUGACGAUAAAUGAAUGGAUAGCCAACAAGACUGAGAACCGGAUAAAAGACACCCUGCCAGAAGGCUCAAUAGACUCCAACACCAUAUUAGUCUUGGUGAACGCAAUCUACUUCAAAGGUCAAUGGAAACACAAAUUUGAUAAGCAAAAUGUCAUGAAUUCAGACUUUCACGUUAGCGAGACCCGUAAGUGUCAAGUGUCCAUAAUGUACCAAGAGAGGACAUUCCAGUAUGCCAAAAUCAAUGAUGACAAGGUGAAGAUUCUUGAAUUGCCCUACAAUGGUGCUGACAUCACAAUGGUGCUCAUAUUACCUUUUGAAGGUACAACCCUGUCGGAAGUGGUGGAAAACAUGAACCUCAAGAAACUUGAGGGUUGGUUACAAGCCAUGAAAGAGACCACAGUGUUCGUGCAGCUUCCUCGUUUCUGUAUCGAGGACAACUUUAGCCUCAAAGAGCAGCUGAUGAAAAUGGGCCUUGAACAUCUUUUUAGUCCAGAAAAUGCCAGUCUCCCAGGGAUAGUUGCCAGUGACGGACCCAACUUGUACAUCUCCAACGCCUACCAUAAGGCCUUCCUUGAGGUGAAUGAAGAAGGUAGCGAGGCUGCUGCCGCCACAGCGGUUGUUGCUACUGGACGUUCCUUAAACAUCUACCGGGAGAAUUUUGUUGCAGACCGACCCUUCCUUUUGCUUAUCCGUGAAUCCAGCAUCAAUGCCUUGAUCUUCACCGGCCGAGUUGCAAAUCCUUGUGGGAGCAGCUAAUAUGGAUUGGAUAUGGAUCCAACAUGCAGACGACGGUUAUUGAUCGUCCUCACUUUUAACUUGACAAGGCGGCCUUGUUUCUUCAUUAUUGCUUAAUAAUGAACGUUGUCACAAUAUAUUGUUUUCUCAGUAAACCAAGCAAGCACUGGAAACAAAGACAUCAAGAGAAGCAAAGAGGAUUUGAAACAGAAAGAAAUAAAAGCAAUAUGUACAGGCACAGAACAAGGAUAAAAAAGGUUUAUUUUUUCAUAUUAGAAAUUUGGGUUUAGCAGUAUCACACAAUCUGGGCUUACAUAAUUGUACACUUAAAGAACAUAAUUAAAAAUCCUUCACAGUUA